AUGAAUUCAAAGAAAACAACAGACUCGAAAUCCAACUAGAAUAAGAAAAACUUCAAGCACAACUUGUCUAAGAAGACUGAUGCAGAAAAUCCAGACGAGGAAUCAUAGAAUUUUAUUGAGAAAUAGGCGAUGAAAGAUAAUGAUAACCGUGUGGAUAUACUUGAGAAGCAGGUAUCAGCAAUCAAGGGGAUCAGUAUGGGCCUGUCAACUCAGAUAAAGGAUGAUGUAAAUCUAAUAAAGAAACUUGACACAGGGUUUGAUAAGACUAAACUCAUGGUUACAAGGACUCUAGGCAAAUUAGAUGAAAUGGUAACAAAGGGCAGUAACAGUGUCUUUAAAAUCUAAUUCGUUUAAUCAAUGGCAAACAAGAGUAUCAUUUCUAACAGCACAGGCAUGAACCCAUUGGUCUUUGACAGCCAAAUAAACAGGAUAUCUGAGACACUCAAAGAUACACAAAAAAAUGCUACAAAAGGAGGGAACGAAGCCUAAAUAUAAGACUUCUUGGAUCAAAUCUUUAAAAGACUUCAAAAGCCUAUACAAUUCUAGAUACUUGAUUUGAGAUCCACAGUAAUGAAGGAGGCGUGCUAGCUAUUGAUAUUUUUCUCAAACUAAUAUCCAAAGGACUUUGAGAACCAUUCUCAUAGAUACAUCCACGAGGAUUGUCUUUUUAAGGCAUUAAACAAUGGUAAGAAAGUGGUGGUCGACUUGGCUCACGAUUGCAUCAAGUAAAUCUUAAAAAGCACCCAGAAUCAAAAAGUAAUUCAGUCUAUUGGAGAGUAAUUAAAAAGCUCAAGAAAUACCAUAUUUAAGGCUAAACUUUAAGAAUACUUCGCCUCUAUCAUAACCACCUAUCCCCAAGAGAUACUCCUCAGAAACCAGGAUUGUAUUGAGAUAUUCAUCUAAGAUGGAUUAUCUGAUCCGAACGACUAAGUACGAUUGAAAUGCAGAUAAGUAUUUGCAGAAUAUUAGAAAAUAUUCCCUGAGCAAGCUGAUAUUUUAUUCAGUUCAUUGGACAUUACUUAUCAAAAAGCUAUUUUAAAUCAGUAACCAGCAGGUGCUAAUGACGAUUCUAACUAUCAAUCUAACUCAGUCACUAAAAGCAAUAAAUAUGAAGGCAUAAUUGCAGCUUCAAAUACCAGAGGGGAAGUCUCGAGUCCAAGGCAAGGAGGAAGACUUUCAUUGCAGUCGAUGGACCCAUCUCCUUACAUUAAUAAACUUAGAGCAACUAGCACUUUAAGAAACUAGAAUUAAAGAACUAGAACUGCAGAGCAGAGUCCUGAUGCUCGCUAAGUUAUUUAGCAUAAUUUCACCGCCUCUUAAUCGCAGUCGAAGAGCAUCAAUAGACCUUAUACUUCUCCUAUGAAUUCAAAGUUAGCGGCAAGACAGGCAGCCUUAAAUGACUCUAUUAACAUACCUCUGCAAAAGUAGCAUGCUUCACCUAGGCCAACUAAUAUGUUCCGUGCUUCAGCAAGCAGACAGAUCUCAAAUACAAGAGAUAUUUAGCUAACAUCUGAGAAAGAAGAAGAAACUAAGAAGAUUAUUUUCAGAAAGAAUACUUAUAAUGCAAAUAAGAAUCUCGCAAGCUCCUACUCUAAUCCUAAUCUUCAAAGUCCUAUCUCUGAAAAGAAGCAGAAAGAGAUACUAAACAUCGCUACUAAACUCAAGCACUUAAAUAAGAGCAAGUUUAAUCAGAAUGAAAGUAUAGAUGAAAGGCAUACUGAAAGCAACAAGAAGAAUACUGGAUCAUAGAACACUAUAGCUUUUAAAAAGAAAAAUGCAAAUGGCGAAGAUCAAAUGAAGCAGCAAGUUAAAGAAGCCUAUCAUAACAUGUCACCGGCUCAACCUUAGGUUUCCAGACAUCUAAUGAAGCUCAAAAAUAAGUCAUUGAAUUCAUCAAUUCAAAGAAGACAGUCUCAGACCUAGACAACGGGACUGAAGCACUAAAAUUCAAAGACCUCAUUAUAACUUUAGAAUGUGUAAAUAGAAGAUGAUGGCAGUUAGUAUCAGACUCUCGACCCAGAAUAAUAAGUUCUUGAAGAGGAGUGCCGACCAUUGUAGAUCAACAUGGAGCAGAUCUCUCCGAGGUUUGUAAAUGAAGAUGAUGGACAAAUCAGCCUUACUAUUCGUAAUGAGCCUGAUAAUCAGUAGCUUAUUCAGCAAAUCAUUCAGAAUCAACCAGAUGUACAAUUUGAUGAUCAUCAUCGAAGUAUUCUUGAUGAUGAUAGAUUCAAUUAGCUUCAGGAGACAAUUCCAAGUGGCAGACUUGAAAUCAAAGAGAAAGUCUCUAGCAAUACCUUAGACGUGUAGUAAAUGAGAGAUGUCGAGAAAGUGUUAAGCGGUAUCGUAUCAAAUGAUUCGAGCUUUGUUCAGUAGAAUAAAAGGACUAAGGACUCUGGAAACAAGGAGAAGCAAAUUUAAGAACUAUUAGUUAAAUGCUAAAGCACUUUAGAAGUGGAAAGAUUCAGUGCAUAUUCACAUAUUGCUGAUAUUUAUAGUCUGGAUUCAUCUGAUAACAUGGAGGAUGAAGAUGGUGAUCUCCCACCAAUUAAAUGCUUUGCAGCUAUUGUAGAGUAGUUGAUAAAAGGCAUGGAAGAUGAAAGCAAAGAGAUCAAAAUUACUGUAAUGGAGACCAUUGGAAACAUUGUAAUAUUCUUCAAAGAUACAAUAAUGCAAGUCAUACCUCAAAUAAUUGAAAAGAUUAUAUUAAACCUGUCAAAUAACUCUUAAGUUGAGGCUUGCCACCAAUUAUUUAAUGACCUCCUGCAAUCAUACUAAGAGGAAUAACUAAUGAUUGCAUUAAUCAAAGGAGUGAAGUCUACUGUCAGAAAUUCUCAGGCCGCUUUUAUGAUAUCUGCCUUUGAGCUUAUCAGUAACAUUAUUAAAAAGAUUUAAAUAUCUAAAAAGGCAAAUGGCUUUGAUUGUCUUAUUUAGCAAGCUGGAGCGAUUGAAUUCUUACUUACAACUAUUUUGCUUCAUCAUUAGCUUAAUUCCUCAAGUGUCCUUAGACUUUCAAAAGCCGUAUUGGAGUUACUGUAUUGCACUGGGAAGAAUGCUUUUGAGGCCUAGCUAGAAAAAAUCUCUGAAACUUAAUUAGCCCUACUCUAGGAUAUAUUGACAAUGUUCAUCAUUGGAACAAAUUUCGAUGAGUAAAGGCAAAGCAUUCAAGAUAUCGUUCUAAUGAUAAAGAGUAUCGUCAAAGAAUAAGAACUAAAAUCAAUGGUAUAAAUGAAUUCAAUGAGCAUGCAGCAAUCUGAGGCUGGUGCUUCACCAAGAGACAUGAAUAGAGAAGAUAAGAAAAGAUUUGCUAGCCAUGGAAAGCCCAGAAGUUCAAUGAAAAAGAAAUACUAGCAAUCCCUUAAAUCCCCAGAAUCUAUGAUGAUUUCAUCCAUCUAGUCCAACAAGAGUUCUAUAGGUUCACCUAAAGUCCAAUUCAGCUUUGAUAUAAGAGAAGACAACGACACUAAAGUCCUCAGAAAUCAAGACUACCCCUUGCAAAAGACUUUAAUGUCUAACGAUUCACAACUAAAGGAGGUUGAAGUGAAAAUUGAAAGUAUUUAGCUUGAAUAGGCUUCAAGUAUUAAAAAGGAUAAGCAGCAAGAAAACGAAAUAUCGCUUUAAAAUGCUGAUUAGUAGCUAGAUGAAAUAACAGUUAUCCAAAUGAAUGAAGAAAUCAAGAAGGAGUAUGAGGAAUAUAAAGAUUAUGAAAUAGUUGAGGCUUAGAUUAAAAAUCAAGACGAGAAACUCUAAAAUCAGCCUCCGUUUACACUAAGUACAUAAGCUGAUUUAAAAGAUCCAAAGGAAAUGCCUCUUCAAAUGUCUGAUACUUUGAAUUCUUUGGAUUAGAUUGAUAUAUAAUAGCCUGAAAUUUUAUAGUAAGAAGUAUCCAAGAAAACAGAAAAGAAGAAGAGCAUCGUGGAAAAGCAGAAGUCAUUUAUUGAGGAACUCAAACUAUAGCUUGCUAACCCAGCAAUUGUUCUUAAAGCUCUGAAAGAUAAAAAUUCAGCUAAUGCCAAAAAUACUAGAUUCUGGGAGAAACACGCUUCAGAAAUAAUUCAAUGGUUAGUAUAGUCAACCAAUGAAGAUAAAAUCAAAGUAGAGUAUGGACUCUAGAUGAUUCUCGACUUGAUGGAGUCCCAGACUUAAAAGAAGAUUCACGAGCUCAUCAGAACGCAGUUAUCUCUCAUAAUCAGUACCUAUUACUUGAAUGAAGCCUUAAUGGACAGAUAGAAGCCAAGACUGCUAUAUCUUAUGCAGAGAGUAGCCUUCCACUUUAACUUCAAAUUCUUCCUGAUUGACUUUGUGAAUGGUUUCAAACCUGAAAACUCAGUAUCCCUUAACUAAUUCGUUUUGGAUUGCAUGACUUUAGUUCUAGAUUCUACGACGUUCAAGCCAGACCUGAAAUUUCUCUCAGGCAUCAUUAACAAACUUCUACUCAAGGAGAUCAACAAUCCUGAGGCACUAAUCAGGAAAUCUGUGAUUGAAUGUCUCGUAGCAGUGAAGCAACUAAUGGGGACAAGUGAGUUCGACAAAGACAUCAAUGGCCGACUCAAUGAAACUCAGGAGCAGCUCAUUGUUAUUUAUUACUAGAGAAGAGGAGAUAAAUUUGAGGUCAUGGGAAACAGCGGCCAUGCAAAAUCUGCACCUAGAAAAAGUAUUGCAAGCACUAAGAACAAAAAGCUUUGA